AUGGCCUACCAAGAUGCAUACACUUACGAUACUCACGAGUUACGACCCGACGACAGCGUCAGCCGCCGAGGAGACCAAGCCAGUGUCAGAAGCGCCGGUAUGAAGUCGUCAGCUUCGUCCUCGGAUGAUGGUCCAGCAGACUCGCACGUAUCAAAUUCGACCUACAAGAACGAGAGACCGACGACGCCUCUCUCACGACAAACAUCAAUACGCUCAGCACAAGCACAAACUCCAGCGACACACGUGUCUGGCAACAAGGACAGAGUGAGAUAUAGCUGGCAGAGCAUUCACGAGGAUGAGCCCAACAGGCCAAGGAUACACAUUGUCAAGAUUGUUUCGAAUACUGCAACAGCUUCGGCAGCAUCUCCCCAGGGCGAGGCUCUGGCCUUCUCCUUGUCGCCUGCCGGGAAGAGGAUUGCCGCUUACAACUCGGCCAGGCUGUUCGUCUUUCAGACUGCUGCCUUGCCCGUGAAUGUGUCGCAUGAGUAUGCUUUACGGAGACGACCACUAGCAGUAGAGAUCUGCGACGAUGCAAAUGUCCUUGCCGUACUCGUGGACGCUCACACCGUAAACAUCUACGACUUGUCGCGCAAUAAUGCUCGUCGCGUGAGGACUGUACGUACCGACCUGCCGACUUCAACGAUCGCCUUGUCUUCGACUGGUGGUCUACUUGCCACUGCAUAUGAAGGAGGUGUAGAGGUCUUCUCUCUGGCUCAAAAUGCUCUCAUCACUGACCGCCGUGCUGUGAGAGCUCCCAAGAUGGACAAAUUGGUCUUUUCUCAGGACGACUCGUCACUGCUCGGUACAACCACUCGCAUCUUUGCUUCUGCCACACUGGUUGUCUCGGUGCCGAUCUUUGCAGAGGACUCCUCUGCUCAGCCUUCACACAGAGAGCUUCAGGAAGCCUGGUGCACUGGUAUGCUGGAGCCUCAGAAUAUCAAGAACAGCAGUCAUGCCACCUUUAUGCGCGAGGAUGGAAAUAUGACGAAUGACAAACUUUUUGCCUGGAACGGCCUCGAAGAUACGUUUGGAGUGCUCAACGCACAUGACAUGGCCUACAGUCAGGUCGACUUCCCGGUAGCAAUAUCCCCUCCACUUUCUACUUGUGGAGGGCUCGGAGCGGCCAUCCACCAUUGUCCGUCCAUCGAUGAACAUGGAAAGAUUGUGGCCAUGAUUGUCAAUGAUCGUACGGUUCGCCUGUAUCUUGUUCCUCAGGAAGCUGAAGACGGCCACACCAAAGUGGAAGCACACAGCAUCGACCAUGAAUUGGACGAAGAGUACGGGUGUCCUUUCACUGAUCUGAGAUGGGUACAUUCACGCCUCAAUCUACCAGCUGCAUCACAAUCCCCGCACCAGAUCAGAGGCAGGUUGGUCGUCACAAGCCCUGGAUCCUUGGUCGAUGCGGAACAAGCAGGGUCGGGUGUACAAGAUAUCGAAGGUGGUCGCAUCAUUCUCUUCGACUUCGAUCCGCAAUUCGCUAGUCAACCGGGUCAGACUUUUGUCUUUCAUGUUGGAAAGGCUCCGCCAAUGACGCUCGAGGAAGAGACGAUGGAUGUUGCAGACGAGAUUGCAUUGGUGCGACGACGCACAGUAACCUCGAGUCGCAGCAACACCCUUGGAAAGAGGACGCCUUCGCUUGGAAGAGCUGCGACGACUGUGUCAAGACGGCAGGACAACUCUGCAUAUCGGAAUGGAAGCCCGUCUGGAUCAAUACAACAGCUGUCGUUGAACACUUCGCCAUGGAGGAGUCGACGAGUGAGCUCAUCUCUCAUCUCUUUGUCUGCCGAUGCGACCCGAUCACUACCGGAUCUACUCGAAGCAAGCGAAGUAGCCGCCGAGUCACUUGAGCAACCAUACUCGCAAGGAGCGCCUCGCUCAUACAUGUCCAUCGAGCGCGCAACUACUGCUGCAAACACACAUCGUUUCCAGACACUUGAGGAGCAUGAAGCAGAAUCAGAACAUCCAGGGGACUUGCCGUUACCAGCUUACACCGAACAUCCAAAUCAACCAUUACCUGGAAAGUACCGAGCUCUUGCGGGUCUGGAGAUACCAACACAUGCACGGUUUGUACAGCAGACUAACAAUCCUCCGUCUACAAUCAACACUGCACCUCCAAUAUUACCAGGACAUCAAUUUCUGCCACCAACCUCGACACUGUCUCCUGCACAUGCUAUCCCUCAAAACAUGACUCAUUCUGAUAGUCCCAUUGGCUCUUAUGCCAAUCCAGUUUCAAGAAGCGAGUUUAAUCCAAAUGCAGUGACCACUCGAUCUGGCACACAUACAAUUCUACGCACUCAGCCAUCUUGGGAGACAAUCAGUACAACAGCGCAGACUACACCACGCGGUCCCGCAACACUGCGAUCGCAGCCGAGUGGAGAAAGUCGCAGAGCAAUGAGCUUCUUUUCGCCGGACCUACGCCAAAGCACCAACACCGUACCGACAAGUCCUGAACACAUGCGUCCACCUCAGAUGAUGCAGGGUCUAGGUCUCCAAGAUUUCCGCCACUCCAUGUUGAUACCUCAAGAUCGGCAUAUCGAUGAACGACCGCGUACAAUGGCUGCGAAUUCGCGAUUCGGAGAUGAGAGAACAGGUGCUAUUCAACAUCGACCGCCACAUGUCAAUGCCCUACAAGCAGUCAAUUUUGCUUCUGCGAAUACACUGACACCGGCAAUGGCUUCCACAAGCAGAACUUCCAUUGGCGCGGUCUCGGCUAUCAGCACAGUUUCUGGGGAUAGCAAUAUACCGCCUCGUCCUGCCACCUCUGCAGGCGCCGUCGGCUAUCAGGUCACCGGCUGGUUCCCGCCCGCUCCACCCACUCCUCUCGAUGAAAUCCGUCCAACACUUGCCUCGAGGUCAAGAAGUGCAGGGUUCCCUCCUACUAGUGCUAGAGCUACUUCCUCUGGUAUUGCUCGACAAGGCACACCGGAGGAAUUUGCCUCGCCAAGAAUACGAAGAUCGAAGUCAGUGGGUACGGGACGCAAAGCUUGGUUUGCAAAGAAGAAACAGUUGGAAGAUAGGAUUGGAGGGGAGAUUUUACCUACGAUUGGAAGGGGCGUUAGAGAGGAUCUGAUGCAUCAUGAGGCGCAAGGAAAAAAAUGUGUUGUUAUGUGA